CGUGCUCUGGUGAAUAUUGAAUAGGUCUCGACGAUCUCGGGGACCGCUAGGCAGCUUCAUCGCUUCCGAAAAGAUUUCGAAAUCUCUUUGAAUUUGUCUCGAGAAGGAAGGAACACUACACAGGUUGAUCUUGAGCCGCCAAGAUGUCGGGAGGCGUCCGCAACCUGCGCGCAAUGUUCGAGAAUAAGGACACUGCCUCGAGUCCUCCAGAUCGAGGUCGUUCACCUGCGGGUUCAGUUGGGGUUGUGAGCAACGGCACAUCACCACGACCGCUUUCGAAAGUACGGACGAGCUUUGUGACAGUCGAGAGAAGCGGACAAAUGGGUAUUGCUUUGAAGCGGGAGAAUAGCGGUGGUGAACCAAGCAUGUUGAAGCGGCGGACAAGUUUUAGCAUUGAUGAGCAGGAGCAUCCAAAGCAGACUGCAGAGCGCCAGGAGUCGAUUGCUACCGAAUUUCAAGCGAGAAAUAGCAGUACUGUUAUUAAGGACACAAUACCGGAGUCGGCAAUUGAGACCCCGCAAAGCGAAUCGGACAAGAGACUUGGUGGUGGUGAUCAGAAAAAGCAGACCACAAAGCCUUCGAAAGUUGAGGAGAAGAAGACCACGGCUGGCCCUUCAAAUGGACACACAAAUGGAAGUGCAAAGCCUGCGGCUGUGAAGAGUGCGGACAUGCCUACCACAGCCAAGACUAUCUCCAGACCAGCUGCUAUCUCAACCGCCAAAACUACCACUACAGCUAAAGUUUCGCCGAAGAAGAUCAAAACUCCAGCCCCAAAGACCCCAACCACGCCAGUUCGGACCCAAGUGAAGGAGGCACCAGCAAAGAGCCCAGACAAGAAACCUGAGAAGAAGACUGGGAAGCAGCCCGAGAAGAAGCCAAGCAGAGCAUCACUCGCAUCCAGCGAUACCUCAAAGCCUGCAAGCAAACCUACAACGACUCCAGCACAGGGUUCAGCUCCCAAGACGAGAAUCCAACCAUCUCCACCACAAACUGGUUUCGUAAAGCCCAGACCAAAGUCUCCCACCCGACCUAUCAAGCUUCCAGCAUCUCUCACUGCCCAUACUGCCUCCUCUGGUUCUAAGACUGCUACAGCACCUCCACGAACAUCCUCCAGACAAUCGCUCAGCCGUGCAUCAGGCAAUAUCCAACCCACCAACUCUCUUCAAGCACACCAUGCGGUGUCCCGUUCUCCUAGCCGUGCCAGCACAACCGGAAAGUCAACCCUAACCCGAAAGCCAUCCACUCUGAAGCCCGGACAUAGUAGACCAUCCCUCGGUCCUCCUCCGGCUGCACUCAAGAAGCAGACAUCCCGUCAAAGUCUUCCCCAGGCUGCACCCGCUGAUGAAGGCUUCCUGGCAAGAAUGAUGCGACCAACCACCUCUUCUGCAUCGAAGACCAUUGUGGAGAAGGCUGCUCCUUUGACCCCACCGAAGAGAUCGCAAUCUGUAAAGAGACCUUCAACCAAGGAUGGACCGUCAAAGGUUGUCACGCCGCUUGCAAGUCCUGCAGCUAAAGCGCCGAAGCAACUUGCUCCUAAGGCCAUACCAAAAGUAGUAAAUGCAACUGCAUCAUCGUCCCAGGAUGCGCCAGUUAAAGAGGAAGAGGAGCCUAAGGUUGUUGAAUCUGUUCCAGCUGCCAAGGAAGAAGUCGCAGAGGCACCGGUUGAGACUGCUCCAGCGGAGAUCACAGAGUCAGUUGAAGAACCACAGGUGGAUGUCGAGGAAACAAAGGCAACGGAGCCCGAAAUCAGCCACGUUGAGGAGCCUGUUGUAGUUGAGGAGGAACCAGCCCCGGUCGAGGAUGAGCCAGUCGUGGCACCUUCAGUCCCCGAUGUUGAAGCACCAAUAACUCCCAAGGUCACGGAGGAAGAAAACCACGAAGUUGGCGCAGCCAAGGAGCUGGAGGUUGAAAAGGAGGUACCAGAGGCUGAGGCGGAGCCCGAGCGUGUUGAGUCUGAACCAAUUGUUGAACAGAAAGCAUCUGUACCGGCCAAAGUUGAGGAAUUGGAGGACCCAGCAGAUCGUGAAGCGAGAGAGGAAAUCGAGAGACUCAAUGCGGAGGUUAUGGCUGCAUCUAAGGAUACUGAUUAAGUACGCAAAGCUGUUCAGUGAGCGACGAGAGAACGUGGAAUUGAAUUCUGUAGUAUGAGUAGUGGAGAGUAAAGUGUUAGUGAUAUCCCACCAUUGUCCCCUC